AGAGAAGAAGGGGUGUGAAGCAGAAGAAAGGCCGCGAAAAACUCAGAACCUCUAAUCCCAUCCCCUCUUUGUCUCUAAAUAAGCAGACAUAAACGAAGGCAUCAACCCAUCCUCUUCCUUCGUUCUUUCCCGGCAAAUUUCUCCGCCAAACAUCUCAAAAAUUAUUUGAAUCUCCUCUUCCUCCCAAGAGGCCUCGGGGCUUUCCCAUGACGGCCGCUAUGGCUGUGUCGUCGGAAAGCGCACUCUUCCAAAAAUACGAGCUUGGCCGUCUCCUCGGCUGCGGCGCCUUCGCCAAAGUGUAUCUAGCCAGGGACGUGGCCACCGGCCAGGACGUCGCCAUCAAGGUCAUCCACAAGAGCAGGCUCAAAAACGACGCCAAUCUCAUCGCCAACAUCAAGCGCGAGAUCUCCAUCAUGAGCAAGCUCAGCCACCCCCACACCGUCCGCCUCUUCGAGGUCCUCGCCACCCGCAACAUCAUCUACAUCGUGCUCGAGUACGUCAGGGGCGGCGAGCUCUUCGCCAAGGUCGCCAAGGGUCGCUUCUCCGAACCUCUCUGCCGGAAAUACUUCCAGCAGCUCAUUGCCGUCGUCAGCUACUGCCACUCCCGCGGGAUCUACCACCGCGAUCUGAAGCCCGAGAAUCUGCUGCUCGAUGAGAAGGAGAAUUUGAAGGUCUCUGACUUCGGCCUCAGCGCGCUUAGGGAGCAGGUCCACGCCGACGGCCUCCUGCACACGCUCUGCGGCACGCCGGCGUACGUCGCCCCGGAGAUCCUCGCCAAGCGAGGCUACGACGGCGCCAAGAUCGACGUGUGGUCGUGCGGUGUCAUACUGUUCGUGCUCGCCGCGGGGUACCUGCCAUUCAACGAUCCGAAUCUGAUGAACAUGUACCGGAAGAUCUACAAGGGGGAAUUCCGGUGCCCUAAGUGGAUGUCACCGAGCCUCAAGCGGCUGCUGUCGCGCCUCCUCGACACCAAUCCGAAUACGAGGAUCACCAUGGACGAGAUCAAGCGCGAUCCGUGGUUCGCCAAGGGCUACAAAAAUGCCAAGUUCCAGGAAAUUGAUUAUAAUUUCGGCUUUGCCGAGGACAAGAGACCGGUGGAUCUGAACGCUUUCGACAUAAUCUCCUUCUCCUCGGGGUUGGAUCUCUCCGGUUUGUUCCAGGAGAAGCACACAUCGUUCGAAGACGUGGAGCGGCUGACGGUGGAGGAGCCGCCGGAAAAGGUGAUGGAGAAGGUGGUGGAGGCGGCGAAGGCGGAGGAGGGGCGGGUGAAUCUGAGGAAGAAGAAGGAGUGGGGCGUGGAGUUAGAGGGGCAGAAUGGUAAUAUCUUAGUGGGAAUGGAGGUGUACCGGUUGAGCGAGAGGUUUGCAGUUGUGGAGGUGAAGACCAAGAGCGGCGAAUCCAGGUUGUGGAAGGACAAAAUUAGGCCACUGCUUCUGCAGGAACCCAACGUCAGUUGUUAGGGGAAUUCCAAAAUGUAAAUCAAACAUGUAAAAAUGUAUAGGAAAGGCCCUCGACUGUCUUUGUAUUAUUGCGUCCGCCGCCGAUCGCCACCGGACAACCACCGGAGUCCAGAUUAUCCCAACCAUCUGCUGUCGAGAUGCGUCUGAUAGGUAAGGUGAAUUUGCUAUUUAGUUGAACGAUGAAAACAAUAUGUAAAUUGCUAUCCGAUUGUAAUAUUUUACAUUGUUAAUAUAAUACAUAUGUGUAUUAUGUACA